CCUUCUCCUUGCUGUGCUGUCUCCUGCUGACGUGUCUGCCUCUCUCUGCUCAUGCUCCUUCCAGUCCAUGCACAGGACACUGACACCCUACAACUGACAUGGCUGCAGCCGGUCCGCACAUCUACCUGCUGCUCCUGAUAUGGCAGCUCGUCCCCGGCGGUGGCAGCGCAGCCCAGGAGCGAACCUUCUCCGACACCAAGCGCUGCGCGGACCCGGAGUGUAGCAAGUUGAUGUGCAGGGGUAAAGCCAUUGCGGAUUUCACGGGUCCAGACUGCCGCUUUGUGAAUUUAAAAAAGGACGAUUUAGUAUAUGUUUACUAUAAACUGACGGGGCGGUCAAGUGAACUUUGGGCGGGAAGUGUUAACUCAGGUUUUGGAUAUUUUCCAAAGGAUUUAAUAGACAUACAACAAGGUUACACGACAGAUGAAUUGGAGUUCCCUACAGACUACACAGAUUUUGUAUGUUUUGAUGACGGGUCAGACACGUUUGAUAGCUAUGACGUUAAUGAACUUUUAAGCAAAGCCAAAAUCAAAUUAUACAAGCAGACAUCCCAAGACACUUCACUUCCUUUAGCAACUGAAACUCUACCCGUAGAACAGUCUGCUUCAGAAUCUGAAGUAAAAUCAGAAGAACCUUCUUCAAAAUAUGGCGAACCACCAGGGGAGUCCCCUCAAUCCGAAUCCGAAGAGCCAACAAAGGAGGCACCACCUUCAGAAGCUGAAGAAUCACGAGAGAAGCCCUUACCCUCAGAAACUAAAGAACCACCGGAAAAAGCAUCCUCUUUAGACUCUAGAAAACCAUUGGAAGAACUGUCCAAUGAUGCAGGAGACCAAGCUGAUUCUGAAUUUAGUAUACCUCAAGAUAAGCCAUCUGCUUCAGACUCUGGACCAACACCAGAGGAGCUACAUUUGUCAUCAUCAGAAACAUUACCAGCCCAUUCACAGUCUGAAGUUGAUAGUCCUCUUGGUGUCUCAGGGCCAGGAACAGAGCCAAGGGAAGUGUCUACUUCAGAAUCUGAUAAACAUGCUGAAGAAGAUCCUAGUUCAGACUCUGAAAAAACAGAAAGACAGCCACUAUUUCCAGAGUCAGAUAAGCCAUCGGUGGAAGUACCUGCUUCAGCAUCCCAAGAGCAGGUUACACCUUCUGAAAGACCAGAAAAGGAAUCUGAGAGUGAUCAUAGAGAGGAUGAACUCAAAAAAAGCAAAGAUUCUCUUUUUGCAACAAAUGAUGCACAUACAACCACUGUAAAUAGCAAACCUAAAGAUUCUCAGGAAGAAAGUGUUGUACAUUCAGCAACAGAGGAAAAUGCAAAAAGCAAUUCACAAGUGCCAGAUAGUGAAAAAGCCAAUAAUGUCAGCAUCUCUCAGGGAGAUUUUAAAGAAAACAAAAACAUAGAAUCUUUUACUCAGAUUGACAAAGAUAGGAUUGUAAACUUAAAGACAGAAGCUGGUUUAACAGGCGACGCUGUGGUAACUGAAGAUGAAGAGACCAGAUAUGUUACAAUUGGAGGUGAAGACCAAAAUGAAGAUUUUAAACCUUAUGAGCCACAAGAAGAAGAGGGUGUGGGAGAGCCAGAAGAAACACCUUUGUUAUCUCAUGAAGAAUUUGAUAUGAAGUCAUUGGAUCAGACAGCUUUUGAGAAUGAUUCAGCUUCUAACACUGCAUCAGAAGCAAAGACAUCCCCAUCCAAAGAGGAGGUCAAAGUUGCAGUUGACAUGGGUCAUGCAACACCGAUAAAACAGGAUAAGAGUAUUCUGACAUCAUUGGGAGACACAUUCUUUGCUAUCGUCAGUGGAGGGGAACACACACAAGAUGUUACUGAUCCAGAUGGAACUGAUUCGGAAGAACAAGAAGAUGAUGAUGAACCAAGUGAGGAGUUAGAAGACGAUGAGACCUUGUACUUGCUUGGCAUGGAGAAAAGCAACAUGCAUGAAAAUGAACAUUUAGAACCCCCUUUUGAUGAUGACACACUUGCUCUGAAAGAAGAAGAAUUACAGGAAGGAUUGUUAGCUGUCGAUGGAGAAAAAUCUUUAGAAAGUGAGCAAAAGAUCAAUAUUACAGCUAACAACUUGACGGAAAAUACAGUAAAUAUGUCUUCAGCUGAUGGAACCCAUCUUCCCACGAGUAGUGAUGAUUCUAAAUCAGUACACAUAGAUCCAGAUUUACAAGAGCAACCUGAAAUCAAAAGUGUGAAAGAAACAUCUGAAUUAAAAACUGAGGCAGUGGACUCUGAGAUUAGUGAAAAAACUGUUGAGAAAAGCCAAACACCCCCAAAUGAUGUGCCUUUGGAAGGUUCCAAAGUUAAAGAAACUGAGAUAAAAAUAAGUGGAGAAAAUCAAGUAAAUGUUGAACACAGGGAUAAGCCAGUGCCAGAAGAUUUGCAAAAAAACAAAGACAUUAAAUUGGAGGAUGUAAGAGAGGGUUUAUUAGAGCAAGAAGCAUUAAAACAGGAAGAUUCUGCAAAUGAAGAAUUGCCAAAGUUAUCAGAGGAAUCUAAGCUGGAAAAUCCCAACAUUGAUCAAGACCAGACUAAAGAAAUAAAACUGGACAAAGGUCCGCCAUUGACCUCAGAGAUUCCAGAAGAUGUCAAAUCAACAAGUGAUUCAGUUACUGCCGGACAUCCAGGAUUGGUAGAAAAUUCAAAGAUUCAGUCUUCCGAUCCAUUAGUUGAAGAAACUGCUUCUCCAAAAGCAGGAGGCAAUGAAGAAAAAGAAAACCUAGAAGAUAGAAAACCUGUAGAUGAACAACCAUUCAAAAUACUACCAAUUGUAGAGGAUGUUCUAGCGCAAGAAAGCAGCAAAGAAAACAUAGAAGAUAGAAAACCUGUAGACGAACAACCAUUAAAAAUACUACCAAUUGUAGAGGAUGUUCUAGCGCAAGAAAGCAGCGAAGAAAAAGAAAACAUAGAAGAUAGAAAACCUGUAGACGAACAACCAUUAAAAAUACUACCAAUUGUAGAGAAUGUUCUAGCACAAGAAAGCAGUACUGUUGAUACAUCUCUUGAGACAAGUAAUAACAACCAAGACACAGAACAUGAGCAGCUUGAGUCAAGAGACCACAAGCAGAAACAAGAGUCAAAAGAUAUUGAUAGUUUAGACAGUUUUAAGGGGGCGUCAACAGAGUCCACUGUAAGUAAUCAGAGUCUUGAAGUAAAAACUGCUUCAGAUAUUGAGAGUCCCCCAGUAUUUGUUGAUAAAGAAGAAAGAGAAGAACAAAAUGUAGACGGUUUUCUGGAAGAUGAGAAUGCCGCAAGUGCUAGGCAAGCUAGAGAAACGCUUGCAAAAACUGAGCAAGAAACAAAGAUAGAUCCUGAGGUAUCUGCUGAAUCUGAGCCUAACCAAGGAUUAAAAAAAUCUGAUCUAGAAAGAAAGGACACAAACACAGAAGAAACUGAAGAUUUGCUGCCACUGAAAAAAGAUGCAACCCAAAAUAAAGAGGAGGAAAGUGGGAAAGAAAAUAAUAAAGAACCAAUAGUGGUUACUGAAGAUCUAAAUGAGGAAACUAAUAAUAUUUCAGAUCCAAAAAUAGAAAUACAAGCGGAAGUAAUAAAGAUAGAAACCCUUGAGGUGGAACAUAAAGCUGAAACAUCCACGGAGGAUGGAAAGGAAAACAUCUCUCCAGACCACCAGACUGAUGAUAAAAUAGCUGAUAUAGAAGAGAGCGAGCCAUUAGAUGAAGAGCUUGCUGUAGACUCCACACUUCCAAAUAAUGAUCCUUUAGAGGAGGCAUCUUAUAUUGAAAAUAUCAAAGCCUUGAGCAUUAUGAGGGAGUUUUUGCAUGAAGAACGUAUAGCCGAGUUCACAAAGUUCCUUGGUCCUGACAACAUUAUGAGACUGGAAGCCAUGUUUCAGGACAUGGACUCUGAGCUAAGGUUAGCACGGAAGGAUAAUUUACGCCUGGAUCACAAUGACGAAGCUCUAGAUCAGAUUUUAGAAGCAUCGGAGUUAAACAUUCUUGAGUUUGUGGAGAGUGUUUUGGAUUCUCGAGAUGCAAACCCUGAGGAAAUGGCAAUAGGAAAAGAAAUGUUUGAUGAUGAAGCCACUCUGUUAGAAGAUGUCCAGGAGAUCUCGUAUAGGCUGAGACAUAAACAUUCCGCACUGAGUGACAGUUCUCUGCUUGCAUCUGGAGAGAUAAAAGACAAAGAAGACGAGGAGAAGUCAUUUUCCGAUGAUGUGAAUCCAGAGGAGGAUAAAUUGGAACCAGAUCCUAUCACCAAGGAAGAAGAGUCCACAGUUACUCCACCACCAGAAAAGGAGAUAGUGGAUCAACCAUCUGACACGGAAGAGAGGACAUUUGAGGAGGAGAAGAAGAAGAAAGAAGCAGAGGUUGUCCUUCCCACUCCGGAGUCCUUGGAUCACACACCACAUGAGCUGGAUGAAGCUGUUUCCCAGAAUAAGGAGAAUGUUGGUAUAGGUGCUGCUUUGGGAGACGACGGUGAGGAGCGCCAAGAUUUGGAACCCUGGUACACAUUAAUCCUGCAGAUAUUUUCCAGCAUUGGCAGUGCUCUGCUUGCAGCCAAGAAGUCUCUGGUUCCUGUUGCAGGCCUGGAGUGCAAGUGCAGAGCGGCUGAGAGAGCCCAGAGGAGAAAGCUGCCGGUGGAAAUGGAUGAAAUGGAACAAGAGGAUCCCAUAUCUUCCUCCUCCUCAUUUGGGGUGGGAGCAGACCCAGCCGUUCUGGGGACCCUCCCCACCUUAUACAGUCUCCUGAUCUCCAGACUCCUCCAGCUUAUGUCGGCGCUACCUGAAGACCUGCGGCCUGGUCCUGAUUUCUAUGGCGUGCAAUGGGAGGCCAUCAUUAUCACGGUCUUUGUGGGGCUAAUCUCAGUCCUGAUUUUUUUCUGGAGGACCUGUCUCUCGGUGAAGAGCAGAGUCUAUCAAGUCAAUGAAAAGCAGCUUGCAGAGAAGAUAGCUGCUUUGGUGAAAGAGAAGAGCGAGGCUUUGGAGAAGAUAUCCGAGUUGGAGAAUAAGAUAAAGGAAGCUAAAGAGUGUGAGAGCACGACGCAGGAGAAGAACACUCAGAUACAGGAAGAGGCUGCCUCCCUAAAGGUUACAGUUAAGGAGCUGAAAAAUAGUAACAAACAAUUUGAUGGCAAAAUGAGGAACUUGCUUCAGGAGCUGGACUCUCAGAAAAGUCAGAACAAGAGGAAACAGGAAAUGAUCUAUGAAGGACAGAAAUCCAUAGAGCAGCUCAAGCAGCAGUAUGAAGAGCAUUCAGCAGAACUCUCAGAGCUGCAAAUUGCCUUAAAUGAAGUAAAAAUGAAGGAGCAGAAGGUGCGCUCUAAUCUUCGCAGUGUGCAGGAGGAAAACACCUGUUUGAAGGAAAGGAAGGAGCAGCUGCUGCAAGAAGCCGAAGGUUGGAGCGAGAGACAGCGAGAGCUCGAAGAGCAGAUCCAGCUGCAGCAGAAAGCUCACAAGGAUAUGGAGGAAGCUCUGGCUUACAAAGAGAAUGAAAUCGAAGUGCUGACCAACUGCAUCAUGCAACUGAAACAGCUGGAAGAGGACUCUGUGGCUGGAGAGGAUGGCAGCUGGCAGCCAGCCGGCGACGGUGAACAUGAAAAUGGAGAGUUGCCAGAUAAACGCAAGGAAAAGAUGAAGCUGCAGAUCAAGCAAAUGAUGGACGUCUCACGGGUCAAAACAACACUAUCAAUAAUUGAGGAAGAAAAAGAUUUGUACCAAAGGAAGCUGACGGAUGAGAUUUCUGCUCGACAUGAACUAGAAGAGGAAAUUAAGCAACUUCAACAUGACAGCAGUUCUAUUCACUCUGACAAAACACGACUGGACAACGAAUGUAAAACCCUGCGCCAGAAAGUGGAGAUCCUCACUGAGCUCUAUCAGCAGAAGGAGAUGGCACUGCAGAAAAAACUGACCCAGGAGGAGUAUGAGCGCCAGGAGAAAGAGCAGAAAUUAUCUGUGGCAGAUGAAAAAGCCAUCCUCGCCAUCGAAGACGUGAAAAUCUACAAGCAGCGAAUUCAGGAAAUGGAGGAGGAACUGCAGAAAACAGAGAGAUCCUUCAAGAACCAGAUUGCUAGUCACGAGAAGAAGGCCCAUGAAAACUGGCUUGUUGCUCGUACAGCUGAAAGGACCUUGGCAGAAGAGAAGCGAGAAUGUGCAAACCUAAGACAAAAGUUAAUUGAAGUCAACCAAAAAGUUGCUACUCUUCAGAGACCAGCCAUUGUAAAACCAACUCCCGGGAGACCUGAACACCAGCCCCCACCUAGGAGAGGUGCCCAGAGCAGAGAUGGCUCUUUUGGUCCUUCUCCAGUGAGUGGGGGUGCCCCAUCUCCUCCCAUUAUGAUGGAUGCAUCUGUCCGAUCAGCUUCUGCUAACCUCAACAGAUCAGAGGACCUAAAGGGAAAUAUUGGCGGAAUGGAUGCUCCUUCGGGGUCCAGACGUCCUCCACAUGAUAUGUCUGGAAGAAUAUCGGCUCCUGUGGAUCUGGGUCACUCCUCAGCUAUGUUGAACAGCGGCCCGAGGACAUCAUCACCCUCUGUGGACGGAUUGCCAAACCCAUCCAUUGAGUCUGAGGCUCCUGUUAUGCCUGAUAGUUCUCAGCACCUCGAGGAAUCUCCAGCAGUCAUGCCUGUAGCUAAAGGUCCUCCGUCAUUUCCUGGCACUCCGGUGAUGAACUCCCCGGCAGGCGCUCCUAUGAUGUCACAGCCUCCUGGCCGUCUGAUGGGUCCAACUCCACCAAGAGGACAUUUCGGGGCUCGAUCACUGCCUCCAGCACAAAUGCACGGUCCCUCACCGGUUCCAAGAGAUUACCCACCGAGACCUCUGCUACCACCUGGUGGAAUGCCUCCUCCUGAUCCAAGGGGCCUGAUUCGAGGGCCGUUACAUCCUAGAGAAUACCCUCCGGGCCCUGUUCCAUUGCAUGGCCCUAGGGACUACCCUAUACCACCGCCAGGAGCCAGAGACUUCCCACCAGGGCUGCCACCUCCUGGACCCAGGGACUUCCCGCCAGGCCCACCCUUUCCUGGAUCCCGGGAUUUCCCACCUGGUCCCCCUCCACCCGGAGCCCGAGAUUUCCUUCCAGGUCCUCGGGACUUCCCACCUGGUCUUCCACCCCCAGGAGCUCAGGAGUUUCCUCCAGGAAGGAGGGACUUCCCACCAAGCGCCAGAGAUAUUCCACCAGGGCUUCCUCCCCCAGGAGCCAGAGACUUCCUACCAAUACUGCCUCAUCUUGGUUCAAGAGAGUUCGUCCCAGGACUCCCACCUCCUGGAGCGAGGUUCCUACAUGGGCCACCACCAGGUUCUAGAGAAUUUCUACCAGGUCCUCCACCGCAUGGCGCAAGAGACUUUGCUCCAGGUCCCUCACAUACAGGAGUAAGGGACUUUGUACCAGGACCACAUCCUGGGGUACCCGCUUGGCCUUCAUUACCUGAUCAGCGACCUGUCCCGCCAGGACACAAUCCACCAUCACAGACAGACAAUGAACAGUCACACGCUCAUCACAAACCCUCAAAUUAGGCC